AUGGGUUCGAAAAAAUCAAAACAACAAAUUUAUUCUAUACAUGAUGAAAUACAAAAUUCAAUUUGUUUUGAAGAUUUAAGUAAUGAACUUAUUUAUGAAUUAUUUGAUUAUCUUUCAUUUCAUGAUAUCAUUUUUUCUUUUGAUAAAUUGAAUAAACGUUUUCAAAAUCUCAUAGAUAAUUAUUCACAUUAUGUAAAUCUUCAACAACAUACCGAUGACAAUAUUUUAUCAUUACCUAAACAUAUUCAUUCACUUAAAAUAAAUGCUCGUUAUCAACUUCAAUUUAUUAAUUUUUCAAAUAUUUUUUUACUACAUUAUUUAAUACUUUCAAAUGUAUCAAUAUUUGAUUUAUUUCAUAUAUUCAAUACACUUUCAUUGAAAAAUCUUGAAUAUAUAUAUUUAGGUGCAUGUCCCGAUUAUCAUAGAUAUCAACAUGAAAAACUUGCAGAAAUUCAACAAAAAAUUCUUUUAUUAGGUGAAUUAAAAUUAAAAAAAUGUGUAUUUCGAAUGAAACUUUUUGUAAAUAUUAAUCAAUUACCAAUGAAUUUAUUUUCAUUAGAAUAUUUACGAAUAGAUGGAUGUGAAAAUAUAUUAAUUGUUAAUAAUCUACUUAAUCAUAUGCCAAAUUUAAAAUUUCUUCAUGUAUCUAUUCUUCAAUCAUUUAAAACUAAUAAUAACAAAGAUCAAUAUAUGAAAGAGAAUAAUAGAAAUAAUUCUCUUAUUAAUUUAAUUAUUCGAAUUCAUGAUCUUAAUUCAUUAGAAGAACUUAUUUCAUUAUUUAUUCAAAAUUGUUCAAAUUUAAAAAAUCUUAUUAUUUAUCUAAAUCCUAUUAGAGAAAAUUAUUCUGAUCAUGAUAUGUAUGAUAUUCGUGUGAUUAAUCUACCACAAUAUAUAACAACUAUUAUUAAUCAAUUAUUACCUCAACUUACAAAUUUUCAUCUUCGUCAACGUAUUCUUUCAAAAAAUUUUGACUUUUUAAAUCGACCAUAUUAUUUUUCACCUUAUGUUAAAGAAAUUCCAUAUUCAUUAAAACAUAGAUCGUAUCGAAUGUUUAUUGCUCAGCACUUAGCUACUCUAUGGAAAAAUACAACUUGA